GGACGCACGCUGGCUACUUAUUAACACUAUAGGUGCUCCUUAUGCACAGGUAGUCAUUAAAUCACUUAAGGUGGUCAUUAUCCCUAGAUAUUCACCUAUAAGAGUCUGUGCGCAGACAGAAGCCUUGCUCUCCUCUUCGCCUCCGCUGGACUAAAACUAUAUAUAUUUUGCAUAACUCCUACUCCUCCUACUGAACGGAAGGUAUUCUACGGAAAACGUACUUUUAUUUAAAUUAUUCAAUAUAACAUUAUAGCGAUAUUAAGUGUGGAAGCGAUGCAUUCCGCGGUGAAACAGAACUAUCAUUUGGAGACCGAAGCGGACCUCAACAAGCUGGUCAAUGUCAAGCUGGCCGCGUCGUACACUUACCUGGCCCUGGGUAUGUAUUUUGACCGUGACGACGUAGCCUUGCCGAAGUUCUCCCAGUACUUCAUGGAGCGGGCCACUAAGGAGCAGGAGCAGGCGGAGCAACUCCUCCAGUACCAGAACAUGAGGGGGGGGCGAGUGGUUCUGCAGAGCAUCGCUAAGCCCAUCAGAGAGGAGUGGAAGGGGGGUCUGGAUGCCCUGACCUUCUCCCUGGACUACCAGAAGACCCUGAACAGCCGCGUUCUGGACCUCCACCGCCGGGCUGACGGACACAAAGACCCACACCUGUGCGACUUCCUGGAGACUCACUUCCUGGCCGACAGCCAUGUGGUCAUUAAGCAGCUGGGCGACUACAUGGGGAGCCUGGGGCGUCUCUGCGCCACCGAGGCACAGGCGGGGAUGGGCGAGUACCUGUUCGACAAACACACCCUGUAGGGGGCCGGCCGGCCGCCAUCUUGACCACCACCAUGUUUCCCCCCGAACCGCCUCCUCCUCCGUUACUAUGACAACCACAACCUCAUGUUCCCCCUCCCCCCGCCUUCCGUUACUAUACCAACCUCACCCUGUCGCCCCUUAUCCCCGCACUCCUGUCACUAUCAUGCUCCCCCCCCCCCCUCCUUCUCUGUUACUAUGACAACCACAUCAUGUUCCUCCUUCCUCUCCGUUACUAUGACAACUAUAACCUCACACUUCAGGUGUCCCCCUCCCCAUCCUGAUUUUACUAUGACAACCACAACCUGAGCGUCAACCCCCCCCCCCCCCCCCACUCCCAACCCCAUCUGUUACCAUGACGAACACGACAACCUCAGCCCGUCUCUGUGGCAGCAAGUUGCAACAGAAAUCUGGAUAAUGAACUAAAUGAUCUCUCGAGUCUGUAUUUUCCAAUGGACAUGCUGUCCGAUCAAGUACACCAGCAUGGUUAGAUCUCCCUUAACAAGCAAUAAAAUCAGAAUAAUUUUGGAUUACAUUCUUAAA